AUGAACCGCGUCUUUGGCUCGGAGGACACCCCGGAAUUCUUUCACAAGAUCGAGAGUGUCUUGAAACCUCUGUUAUCUAUAGUUGAGAGGGAGUUCAUCAAUGACAGUGCCUCGACGGCUGCUGUGCAGCGUGGCGAUGUGCCGCGUAACAUCACAUCGUUGGUAUCCUUCGCCGAACGGAGAGAGGAUCUGCAGCCUUGGGAACGCUCUGCAAAUGUUCGGGUUGUUGAGAGAGAUGCCUCUGAUAAGCCGACAGCAGUUGAGGCAGACCUGCAGACCCUGGUCCGUGACUUCGGAGCCCACAUCGCCAUCCCCGUGCUGUACGGCAAGGAUUUCCUUGAACGGAACCCACAGUUUCUCGACGACUUCUGGAGAUUCGAUAACGACCUCUUCCCGUUACUGAUGGUCGGAGUCCCCCCUUGGAUACCCCUCAAGAUAAUCCAGGAUGGCAUCGCGUCCCGUUCGAGGAUGACUGUGGCUUUGGAAGGUCUCUAUCGUCGCAUAGAUCAGUACCAAAAGGGUGAUCCUGUUGACUUCAAUGCAGACAUGUCAGAUGUUGGCAUCGCAACAGAGCGAAACCAAGUCUACGACAAGUUCGGGGUCAGCAUGAAGCACCGUGCUGACAUGGACCUAUCCUUCGUCUGGGGCCAGAAUGCGAACACGCAGCCGCUCGUGUUUUGGUUUUUGGCCUACAUCCACUCAGCCCCAGGUCUGGUCGAAGACCUGCGCAGAGAAAUCGCGCCUUGGGUCAAGGUCGCAACGCCAGGGCCCAUGGAAAUCUCAUCAAUGGACAUCUCUGCCUUGCAUAGAGAAUGCCCGUUGUUGAAGUCGGCAAUCUACGAGACGUAUCGCUUAGGGAGCGAGGCCACAUCCAUCCGUCGCGUCGAUCGACCAAUAACGCUGCUCGAUGGUGACCACAAACACCAGCUACAGCCUGGAACAUUCGUCUCAGCACCCUUCUCGGUGCUCCAGAACGAUGCAAGCUACUUCCCAGACCCAGAAAAGUUUGUGCCCGACCGCUUCCUUGAAGUCGAUAGCGAGACAGGUAGAAAGGUGGCCCGAUAUGGGAAGUUGAGGCCCUGGGGGGUUGGACCAGCAUCUUGUAAAGGCCGUACAUUUGCAGAGAAAGAGAUUCUGACGAUUACAGCCGCGUUAAUAAGUAUUUGGGACAUGGAACCAGCAGAAGGUGCGUGGAACGUGCCGGCAAGCCUACCGGGAACAGGCGCUAAGAAGCCUGCGAAAGACAUCCGGGUGAUACUCAGGCGCAGGGUUGCACCCUAG